AUGCCAUGUCAAUUGCACCCCGACGCAAAACACUCGAUGCAAAACAACCAAAUUCCAAUGUCUCACCAAACAGCUGCUGUGGAAAUCGCCAAAGUUGUUACUGUCCAUCGUGUUGCUAUUCAGGAUAUAGUGGCGGCAACAAUCGUGCUUAUGGCAGCUUCACGGAUUGGCAACGAUUGUGCCCGUAAUGAACUUUUCCAAAUCAUUACCAAAGCAUGCACAGGUAAUAACAGCGACCACAAUAGCGACGACCCGAUCGGUACCGGUAGUGGCAAAUGUUCCUCAAUUGUUGAACGGUGUCGUUCUUUGGGUUAUGCCUACCACUACUCCCCUGGCCCUGAUGGAAAACCUAAAUACCAAAUCCAAUUUAGCCCCGAGUGUUGCAACACUGUUUCGCAAGUCACCGACGAUUGUUCGAGUGAUAAAAGUGUCCGCACCAUAAUCGAAUCGUGCAAUCCUAAAGGCGGUAACCACAGCGGCGGUAACGACCACGACGGCGGUAACAACCACAAUGACGGCAACAGUACAAAAGGUUUUCUUGGUAACAAUGGUAGUGCCCAAUGUUCCCCAAUCGUUCGAAAGUGUAUGUAUAAGAGUAGUUAUUUUUCGUACCACUUUAAGUCCGGCACCGAUGGAGUUAAACAUUACGUAUACGAAUUUGCCCCCGAUUGUUGCAGUGAAGCUUUACAAAUCACUGGUGAUUGUGCCCAUGAUGCAGAUGUCACAAUCAUCACUGAUCAGUGUAAAUCUGAAUCAGGAUGA